UCUGGCGUUUAGUUUGCUCUCCCAGCACGAGUACAAGUCCGCGAUGACUGCGCUGUCAGAGCUAUCCCAUGAUCAACUCGCCACGGGACUAGUCCUGUCCUGGGCUGCUCGUGCCCAUUCUGAAGCUGCUGACUACCCCAAAGCCCGACGUCUAUUCAAUGAACUGAGGCGGCUGGAGCCCUGGCAGCUGCGUGGCAUGGAUCUGUUCUCCACCGUGUUGUGGUAUCUCCAGGAUGAGAUCGAGCUCUCCCAUCUGGCCAACGAUUUGCUGAAUCUGGACAGAAAUGCUCCAGAACCCUGGUUGGCC